AUGGCGCCGGUACCUGCGCUUGAGCAUGUCUCCAACCCGCUGGUUACCCCAGCACAGCUGCUCAAGCUCAAAAGCGCGGAGGACGAUGACGGCCCGGCCACAUGGUUUGCCCAUUUCCAGUUGACCUCCGCGGCUGGCAUCCUCCUCCGCCUCUCUCAGGAAGUCAUAGCCCAUGCCAUAGUUCUGCUCCAGCGGUUCUUGGUAUCUUCAGCCCCUGACGACCGUCGAAAGUUCAGUUCCAGAAACUACUCUGCCGCUGCCAUCUACCUUGCUGCGAAAAUAUCCGCAACGCCGGUCUCACCUCGAUCGGCCAUCAACGUCUACGCCUACCUUACCUCCGAAGCCUCUCCGCUGAGAUUUAUCAAUCCGGCUGGUGCCCCCACAGAUGUGAAACCCAAGAGCUAUUUCGUGUCCGAAGGGACGUAUGAAAGAGAAAGACAGCGGUUGUUCGUGUGUGAAAGUAUGAUAUUGGUUGGCCUGGCGUUCGACACACGGGUCGCGUUACCUUACAGUCUGGCCUUUACAUACAUGCAGGCCCUGGGCGUGGCCACCACCGAGCUGUCUCAGAGGGUUUUGGAGCAUUUGAACGCAGGCCUUCUCUCACCUCAACUUCUCCACCUUACUCACCAACCCAAUGCCCUGGCGGUGGGGGCCAUCUACCUGGCGGCACGAGAGACUGGAGUCAAACUGGUAGAACAGAGUUGGUGGGAAGUAUUCGACGUUGACAGGGAGGAUCUCGGUUUCCUGGUCUUGUCUUAUGGAAGUAUGGCAAAUUUCGCCCAAGCUGAGAUGGACAAGUGGAAGGACGGAUCUCUGGCAUUGGACUGA